AUGUUUCUGACUUCGCUCAUCGGCAGCGAACGUCUGAAGACUGGCCAGAUGCCCCCUCAUUCUCCCAUCGUAUUGGCGUGGCAGGAUUACUUUGACGAGCGUACUCCGGCGUUGCUAGCGGCGAUCCCGCGCAUUGCUAAGGAGACGAUGAAGUCCGCGAUGCCGCCGACUGACCAGUCGGGCUUUCCGAUGUGGUGGGAGGCGCUCCCCCGGGACUGGCUCUCCUCGAAGCGCAUCAUAGACCGCCAAGCGCAUGGUCCACCCUUUGACCUCAGCGACCAUAUCAUCCGUACGGUCACGGCCGAUGUUGGGCGGCGCACGGUUCACCAUGGCGCCGACGCUCAAGUCUACGUCGAUAAGAUCAAACUCCUCCUCGAGAAGGUGCGCGAGCUCAAACUUGGAGUCUGGGACGUCAGUCGUUCUGUUGAGGCAUUGCAUGCCGCUGAAGUCGACGCCGUGGCGGCACUGCACCGGGAGAGGCAAAAGGCCGCGACUGUAGCCCAGCGCCGUCAUGAGGCGGCGUCAGGGUUACCAGAGGCGCCAGUUCCUUUCUUGGUACCGGUGCCGGAGUACGUCGAGGCCGAUGCAGGCUCUGACGUGGAAAUAGCGGAGGCCUGA